AUGACUUCUACGAUCGGCCCGGAUGGCACGAUCCCUCUCUGGCUGAAUGGAGAGCAGGUGCAAACAUCCAAGAGCUUUGAAGUUAUUUCUCCAUCGACAGGGAAAGCACUGUACAAGUCUGCUGCUGCUUCCGUGGACGAUGCCAAUGCCGCUGUCGCUGCUGCAAAGGCGGCAUUUCCAGCAUGGAGCCAGACCAAGCCAAGUGCUCGAAGAGAUAUCCUCCUGAAGGCCGCAGAUCUGCUGAUCGAGCGGAAGGAACAGAUGUGGCAGCUGGCCAGCACUGAGGUCGCUUCCACAGAAGGAUACUUCGCUUUUGACUUCGCAGAUACACUUGAGGCAAUCAGGAGUACGGCUGGCCUGAUCGCGUCGGCGCAGAAUGGUCAACUUCCAGCCAUGGGAGACCCGGGACGCAGCGCGAUGGUCAUUCGGGAGCCUUAUGGUGUCAUUGUCGCAAUAGCACCAUGGAAUUGUCCUUGCAUUCUGCUCACGAGAUCAUUUCUGGCUCCACUCGCAGUGGGCAAUACGGUCGUUGUGAAAGGACCCGAGAAGGCACCUGGCUGCCUCAAUGCGUUAUUGCAGCUCUUCCACGAUGCUGGAGUGCCGGCUGGCGUGCUUAAUUCGAUUGUUCACCGUCCGCAAGAUGGCGCCGAGAUCACACCUGUGUUGAUCUCGCACCCUGCAGUCCGCAAGAUCAAUUUUACUGGCUCCACUGCCGUAGGCUCCAUUGUUGCAGGGCUUGCGGGCAAAGCGCUCAAGCCAGUGCUCAUGGAAUUGGGAGGAAAGGCGCCGGCUAUUGUUUGCGAGGACGCAGAUCUUCAGAACGCUGCGGUCCAAUGUGCUGUAGGAGCGUUUCUGUUCUCUGGCCAAAUUUGUAUGGCUACGGAGAGAGUCAUCGUCAAUUCGAAAGUCGCCGACAAAUUCAGAGAAGUGCUCGCCGGCGCGAUCGACGCGAUCUUCCCGGAUAAGAACGGCCUCGUUCUGGUCGACAAAGCUCCUGUCCAGAAGAACAGCGCACUUGUACAGGACGCACUCAGCAAAGGCGCCAAAGCCAUAUACGGAGACCCAUCGGAUCAACGCGAGCUGACGACUGCCAUGCGUCCGAUCGUCGUCGAAGGCGUCAAAGAUGGCAUGGAUCUGUACUAUACUGAGUCCUUUGGACCGACAGUAUCACUCAUGAUCGUCGACUCUGACGAGGAAGCCAUCAAGAUCGCCAACGAUACCGACUAUGGUCUUGCAUCGGCUGUGUUCACGGAGAACCUCCAACGUGGUCUGCGCAUUGCCAAGCAGAUCGAGACCGGCGCUGUUCACAUCAAUUCCAUGUCGGUGCAUGACGAGCCGAGUCUGCCGCAUGGAGGUGCGAAAAAGAGUGGAUUCGGCAGAUUCAAUGGCGAGGAGGGACUCAAAGAGUGGGUGCGCUUGAAGACCAUCACCUGGAAGGAUUGAGCAGAGCAUCGUAGCAUAAUAAAGACACGGUGUGCACUCUGGGACGGGAGAAUGUCGGAGGUAAAUUGGCAGGGGCUCGUUAGCGACUUCUAAGAGGAAACCGUACGGCCACCUUAUCUAGCAUGACCUGCUGCGGUGUCUAUGGUGCGACCGUAUCUUGCAUGUUUUGCUGAUAGAUACUGUUCGCCUCGGAGAUCUCAUACAUGUUCGCACGGCUAAACAGCACAUCGCUCUGCUGUCGUACCUAUACGAACCCCACUUGUUCUUCCUACAA